CCCGCUCGGCUGCGAGUGGUCCGGCUGGGUGGGUGGGCAGAGGUGGAACGUCCUGAGCCCUGCUCCGGAAGGGGCUUAAGGCGGCAGCCGUUACCUCCCAGAUGGCACUUAGGGCCGAGCCCCCCGACGGGGGCUGGGGGUGGAUGGUGGUGCUCUCAGCGUUCUUCCAGUCGGCGCUGGUGUUCGGAGUGCUCCGCUCCUCCGGCGUCUUCUUUGUGGAGUUUGUGGCUGCGUUUGAGGAGCCGGCAGCGCGAGUCUCCUGGAUCGCCUCCAUAGGAAUCGCGGUGCAGCAGUUCGGGAGCCCAGUGGGCAGUGCACUGAGCACCAAGUUCGGGCCCAGGCCUGUGGUGAUGGCUGGGGGCAUCUUGGCUGCGUUGGGGAUGCUGCUCGCCGCCUUUGCUACCUCCUUGACCCACCUGUACCUGAGUAUUGGGCUGCUUUCAGGAUCUGGCUGGGCCUUGACCUUCACUCCCACCCUGGCCUGCCUGUCCCGUUACUUCUCUCGUCGGCGAUCCCUGGCCACCGGGCUAGCACUGACGGGCGUGGGCCUCUCCUCCUUUGCUUUUGCUCCACUCUUCCAAUGGCUGCUCAGCCAGUACGCCUGGCGGGGGGCCCUGCUGCUGGUGUCUGCCCUCUCCCUCCACUUGGUGGCCUGUGGUGCUCUUCUCCGCCCACUCUCCCUGGCUGAGGACCCUGUCGUGGGUGGCCCUGGGGCCCAGCUUGCCAACCUUCUCCAUCAUGGCCCCUUCCUCCGUUACACCGUUGCCCUCACCCUGAUCAACACUGGCUACUUCAUUCCCUACGUGCACCUGGUGGCCCAUCUUCAGGACCUAGAUUGGGACCCACUGCCUGCUGCCUUCCUACUCUCAGUGGCAGCUAUUUCUGACCCUGUGGGGCGUGUGGCUUCUGGGUGGCUAGGGGAUGCAGUCCCAGGGCCUGUGGCAAGACUCCUGAUGCUCUGGACCACCCUGACUGGGGUGAUACUGGCCUUGUACCCUGUGGCUCGGGUUCCCACAGCCCUGGUGGCUCUGACUGUGGCCUAUGGCUUCACAUCAGGGGCCCUGACCCCAGUGGCCUUCUCCGUGCUGCCUGAACUGGUGGGAACUGGAAAGAUAUACUGUGGCCUGGGACUGGUGCAGAUGGUAGAAAGCAUCGGGGGGCUGCUGGGGGCUCCUCUAUCAGGCUACCUCCGGGAUGUGACAGGCACCUACACAGCUUCUUUUGUGGUGGCUGGGGCCUUCCUUCUUGCAGGGAGUGGAGUUCUCAUCACUCUGCCCCACUCCUUCUGCUUGUCAGCUCCUACCUCCAAGCUCCAGGACCCUGUAACAGAGGCACUGGAUACCAAAGUCCCCCUGCCCAGGGAGGGGCUGGGAGAGGACUGAACUCCAGGAAGGGGCAGUCAGACCCAGAAACCCAGGGGUUGUUGGCUCCAGGUCUUCUCCUGCCCCAUCUUGGCACCCACAGAACCACAGUGCCUUAAGCAUCGUUAUCUGCCUCCUCCCCCCCGCCAGAGCAGGCCUGGGGCUCCUGCGAUGUGUGUGCCAACCCUUUGUAUUUUGUCUUAUCUCUUCUUUGCUCGCACAACCUUUACUGAAGGAUCCAGUUCAGCCUGCUCCACUGAGCUGUGAAUCGACUGUGGAAACUCAAAGGCCAAGAGACUUAUCAUGUUUUACAUGUGAUCUCUAGUGUUGCUUCCCACAUUUCUUCCCUGAAGACAGAUCUUUGGGAAAGAGGGAUGCCCCUUUGAGAUAAAACUGAAUAAGAAAACCGGACAAUAAUCAGAACCUCAAAAAGAAUUGGGGCCCAUAUGCCUGGGUUGGCUGAAUGGGGUCACGCUGGGGACUGGAGGGGAGGUAUCCAGGAGCUCUGGUGACCCAGAGCAUUUAACCCUGGACUCUGCUCUCUGGACCACAGUUCCUCCUACUUGCCCACUGACCUCCCUCUUUCCCACUAUCCCCUGUAACUUAGGAAAGAAAUUAAGAAAAUGGUGAGGGACAUGGCGGGGGGGUGCUAGCUGGGGAGGGGGAGAUAAAGCUAAGAGAGC